UACUCAUCAGCUGCAUAACCAGCCAGUCUUAACAUAUGGUUCCAAUCGCAAAGAUUUAAUAUACCGAAACCUUGUGAUGUUGGUGCUCUCUGCGCGACUUUGAAGAAAGAAAAAAAGAAAAGAUUUUUUGUUCUUAUUCUGAUUCGUUUGAAUGAAAUCAAAAUAAUUUUGUCUUGCUGGCUGGUAGAAUACUCUUGAUGGUAAUAUGCUUGUUACACGAAUAAAACCGUAUUACAACGAUUACAACCCGGAAAUUCUUCAUGCAAAAUUUGUGCGAAUGAUGUGACACCGUCAAUGGUCCACAUGGUCUAUGAUGGUCGGAUGGCGCUUAUUGAUUUUCGUAAUUCAUGCAUUGCUGUUAAAUUUACCAACUAGUGGUGUUCAUUGCAACAUCUUUCAAACUAUGUUCGGUCUGCCGUCGCAGUGCGUGCACUACAAUGUCAUUCAUCCGUGUAAGCUCUCGUUUUCGUGUUGGCUGCAAGGUGGCGUACACGCGACCGGAUGCGGUAGCAAUAAAUGGCUGUUCUCGUGUUGCGUAACGGAAAAUGACAUGUUCGCCGCGUCCGAGUACGGAAUUCGAAAUAAAAACGCAAAGCCACCGCCGCCGUCGAAUUUGAAAUUUUUUCGGAAAAAUAUACUGCGCCGACGAACGGACGAUGUGAAUCAAGUAGAAUGUGGAAUAGCGAAAACGUCAGAGAACACAAUUCAAAAGCGAAUAAUCGGCGGGCGGCCAGCAUACUUUGCUGAAUAUCCUUGGCAGGCGCACAUUCGAAUCGCUGAAUAUCAGUGUGGUGGAGUGCUGGUGUCCCGACAAUACAUAGCAACGGCAGCUCAUUGUAUACAGCAAGCAAGGACCAAGGACAUUGUCGUGUAUUUAGGGGAACUGGACACUCAAAAUUCGGGGUUCACAUUGGAGCCACUGGCAGCUGAAAAACAUCGUGUCAGCAAGAAAAUCGUCCAUCCAAAAUUCCAGUUCCGGAUCACACAACCCGACCGAUAUGAUUUAGCGUUGCUGCAACUGGCCACUCCAACUACCUACAAGAGUCACAUCUUGCCCAUUUGUUUGCCAACAUCUUCGAUUGAUCUGACUGGUAAAAAGGGAAUCAUUGCCGGUUGGGGAAAGACGAAGGCAAAUAUGGGACACACCGGCACCAACAUCCUUCAAAGUGCAUCCGUACCGAUACUGAGCACUUUUGAAUGCAUUUACUGGCACGAAAGCAAGCAGAUCAGUGUGGAACUUUUCGAUGAAAUGCUGUGUGCGGGACAUUCGGAUGGUCAUCAAGACGCUUGCUUAGGCGACUCCGGUGGCCCGUUAAUAAUAAAGCACAAGGGUCGGUUCACACUGGUUGGAAUAACAAGCGCUGGUUUUGGCUGUGGCAUCGAUCAUCAACCUGGCAUUUAUCAUAACGUACAAUUGACAUCCAAAUGGAUACAAGAAAUAAUUUUUUAGAAUUAUACAUGUUCGCACAAUUAGAUGGUUGGAAGCUGCAACUGUAGGCGGAACACACAGGGGUAUAGAGGUCAAAAUAUCGGAAAUUUUGAUGAUUGUUCGUGAUAUCUUUUUUGUUUAAUUAAUUUUUUUACUGGAUAUAAUGUGACGGGACCGGGACUACUUUUUUAAACUCCAUUUUUGUUGUGUAUUUUGAUGAAUUUAUUUUAAAUAAACAAAAGUCUUUAGCAAAAAGUGUAUA